AUGUCGGAGAUGGAGAAGGGAGCGCGGAGACCCAAGUGCGCAAGAUGUCGCAACCACGGCAUGAUCAGCUGGUUGCGCGGCCACAAGCGCCACUGCAGGUUCAAGAACUGCUUCUGCGCAAAGUGUAGCCUCAUAGCCGAGCGCCAGAGAGUCAUGGCUGCACAGGUGGCACUCAAGAGACAACAGGCUGCCGAGGACUCCAUCGCUCUUGGCCUCACAGCCGUCAUGACAGGCAAGAAGUUCGGCUUCCUCCCUCCCGGACCUAUCUUCGGCAUGUCUGUCCCUGACCCAAUAGAGAUUUCCGACACAAGUUCAGUCAAGUCCGGUGGGUCGGAGCCCUCGGUGGAGACUACAGCGCCCCUAGCGCCCUCUCCCUCGGCGCCCCCGGAGCCCUCGCGCCCUCUGCACCAUCCCUCCCAGUUCUCGCAGUCCUCUCUGGAGCUGCUGGUGCGUCUGUUCCCCGCCAAGAAGAGGUCCGUGUUGGAGCUAGUGCUGCGCCGCUGUGGUCAUGAUCUUCUGCAGGCAAUAGAACAAUGCGCGCCUGCCUACGACGCUACCAGACUGGACAGAGGGAGUGAGACCGAAGACUCAGGCGCGGAGGUGGAGACCGACGGAGGAGAGCCCUCUGACCGCAGGGCGCCAGGCGCCACCGGGGCUCCUCACGGGGGUGCCACGACGUCACACUCCGCGUUCAAACCCUUCGUCUCAGGACCCACGAGCCCGGAGCCCCUGGACUGUCGUACCCUCAGCUGUGCUCGAGGACUGCUGUUUGCUCCUCGACCUCCUCUCGACUUCUUCCACAGCAGCCUCAUCGCCGCACCACCUUCCUCCUUCAGUACCUCCGUGCUCCCCUGCCCAUUGUACCAGACUGUACCUCAUAGCUCCAUGCAGAGUCUACUGUUCCAACACCCGACUGUACCAACAGCCCCGUGCUCGUGUGCCCAAUGUAACCCUUCCUCCGCCUAG